AGGCGAACGACGCAUUAUCGUGAAGAGCCAUGCCAUGAGUCAGCUGAAGGACGUGGUCGAUCACGCAGACAUGAUCGUGGCGGGUCUCACGCGAGACAUCGCCGCGGUGCCGAGGGGCCCCGCGCGUGCCCUGGAGUGCGACAAGCGGCGCGCGGAGGUCUUCGAGGGCAUCGGGCAGAUUAUGCGCCUGGCAGACGCCACGGAGAAGGGCGUGCGGGAGACCCCGGCGGGCGACGUGUCGGACAGCGAGUUCGACUCAUACGUCGGGCGGCUGCAGUGGGGUUUCGGCAUGCUGCAGGGGCUGCGACGCGGGUCGGAGCUGCUGGUGAAGCAGGACACGUGCGCCAGGCCAUCAGAGGUGUGGUCCCCGAUCCUGUCGAUGCUUAGCUCCCAAGAGCAGCGCAUGAUGGAGCUGUGCGACGAGCUCUCCGAGCUAGCAAAGGCAGCCGAAGAGGAGCCCUGCCUGCCCUUCUCCCCUCAUUCCGCCUUCUCCGUGUGCUCGCACUGAGAGACCGCCGCUCCUCGACAAGUGAACUGCGAUUCUAAGAUGGUCUGGGCGCGUGGACCUCAACGAGUGAAAACAUGGCUAGUCAGAGCCUGUGUCCAGAGCGAGUCGGGGCUGGUGACUGGCACUGUCGCCAAUUUUCUUACAGGGGGGUGGUCUGGUCAAGCGGCGCGUGCCGCCAUUGUGGGCGUUGCAAGUCAGGCCUAGUCGGGGCUAGUGGCAUCUGCUGGCAGUGUCGGCAUUGCAGUAAAGUGCGGCUAGUCAUAUCCAGUUGGGGCUGGUGGCAACUCAUUGACAUUAUCGGCGCUGCAGUGAGUACACUAGGGGGGUUCAGUGGCAAGUACCGCCAUUUUCAAC